AAGCGCAAGCUGGCAACGGUCCGUCUCAUCACAGCCGUGACGGGUAUCAUAAACGGAUACAAUGUGGUUGAGAUUGACGGCUGGAAGGUGGUGGUCGAGAAAGCCAACGGUUUUUCCAAGGGCUCAUAUGUGCUCUUCCUCGAGAUGGACUCGUUCCUGCCCGCGUACCCCCCCUUCGAGAACCUCUUCUGCGAAGCCGGACCACUGGUCACGUUCGAUGGCGAGGAAGGCUACCGAGUUGGCACGUCGGUGUGGACUGAUUGGGACGGGAACGAAAUCAUCUCGCAAGGCCACAUCUUCCACCUUUCUCACUUUCGAAAGAUCAACCAGAAGGUCUGUGACUUACACUGGGAGCACAUCAAGAAAAACGACGAGGAAUUUGCCGAUGUCCUCCGCGGGGUUGACUUCACAGGCCUCCUGGGCGUGAAGAAAUGGGAGAGCUUCCCAGAGACCCCAGUGACAAACACCACUGAGGGAAGCAUCGUCGUCGCAGCAACCUCCAACCCCAAGACGCCCUCGUUCAUUAUCAAAGCGGAAAUGGAACGCGCCCAAAACUGCCUCAAUCUCUUCAAAAAACCCAAGUAUCAGCAUUUUAUUUUCCAAGAGUCCCUCAAGAUGGACGGCUCCACCAUGGCCGUCUACUUCAUCCCCACUGACUCGCCCCUCUUCUCCGAGCUCCCUCCUCUCCCUGCUCUGGAUUAUUCCAACAAAGACACUUCCCUCCGCUACGCCGUCCACCCAACCGGCCGCUUGGGAGUCUGCACCCGCACCCAGGAUCUCCUCCCGCACCUGCUGCCCUCCAAGACAGUCCCGUCCCGCAACCAAUACUGGACCGCCGCCGUCGCAGCCAACCUGCACAAGCUGCUGCCAGCGCUCAACAAGCCCCUCGCCGUGCAGGCCGAGCUCGUCGGCGCCGCCAUCCAGGGCAACCCCUACGCCUACCCUCCGGGCAAGCACGAGCUCUUCGUCUUCUCCGUCUCAGACCUCAACCCCACUACCACCACAACCACCACCGGCGUCAUGACCAGCCGGCGCUGGCGCCCGCGCAAGGUGGAGCAGUUCGCCGAGGAGAAGGGGCUCAAGCAUGUGCCCGUGCUGGGCUACCACACCAUCCCCUCAGUGGCGCGGCAUCAUCAGGACCUGGUCGACCGGGCCGAGCUGAAGAAGGGGGAGGGGCUGGUGUUCAAGAACUGCACCGACGGGAGGUGGUUCAAGGUGCUCUCGAACCGGUGGAUUUUGGAGAAGGGG